AUGGAGAGUCCUCGUCAAGAAAUUGGGCAAAGCCCGAAUCUCUCUAUUUCUCGGUCUAACCUUGAUCAGUCACCCGUUCAAGAGCGAGGCUGCAUAGGAAUUGAGCGCCAUGUAAGAGACCAUGGCAUCACGAUCUUAUCGGAAGGUAUUCAACCUGUAGUUGACAUCUUUUUAAUCCAUGGUCUCCAAGGGCAUCCUCAAAGAACCUUCACGUACAUUGGACCACAAGAGAAAGACUCGACUCCACCUCAAAAGUCAUCAAGGCUGAGGAAAAUAUUCAGUCGUUCUUCAAAGAAGGAAUCAAACUUGCCAGUCUCCCCUCAAUCACCGGUUGCAACGACAAUAACGCCAAAUGUCUUCUGGCCACUUGACCUUUUACCUCAUGACUUUCCUCAAGCAAGAGUUGCCACAUUUGGCUAUGACUCAAAGGUCACAAAUUGGUUCAAAGGCCCAGCAAUGCAGCUUGAUAUUUUCUCGUAUGGCGAGUCUCUCCUUAACAGUUUAGACGCUCGUCGAAGAGCUGAUCCGGAGCGCCCGUUGAUCUUCAUUGUUCAUAGCCUUGGCGGUCUGAUUUUGAAAGACGUUCUUCGUCGCGCCAGAACUGCCGUAGACACUCGUUUCAAAUCAAUAUACACAUCGGUCAAGGCUAUCUUCUUCUUUGGAACGCCUCACCGAGGAGGAAGCUACGUCAAUCUCGGCUUGACUGUACGCAAACUCGCGGCCUGCGCUGGAUUCGAUACUAACGAUGUUCUUUUACGGGAUCUGAAAUUCGACUCUAGUGUGGCAAAACUACUGAGAGAGGAGUUUGCUAAAAUGCUGGAUGAGCAGAAACCAAAGGUCUUCACUUUUCAGGAGGCCACUGGUAUCUCAGGGUUUGGCCCAUUAUCUGGAAAAGUCGUCGAAGACAGCUCAUCCGCGCUGGAUUAUGCGUACGAGCAAAAAGACUUUAUUACCGGUAAUCAUAUCGAAAUGUGUCGAUUCUCGGGAUUUGAGGACGAUGGGUAUCAGAAGACCAAAGACUGCUUAAUUUUGUGUUUGGAUUCCAUACAAUAUGAUCUAACUCACCAAUCAUCUCCAGGACUACGAGAGCGUCUUCUUGCGAGUCUACACAUGCCUGAAACUCAAGAACGCUUCAAUCAAGUUGACGAGGCUUACGAGAGCACAUGCAAUUGGAUUUUCGAGAGAGAAAAUCUUGGAUUUGUGAAAUGGCUCCAAACUGGGAACGGUGUCUUCUGGAUUAAUGGUAAGCCCGGCUCUGGGAAAUCCACUCUCAUGAAGUUUGUCAUCUCCAAUCAUCGAACCUUUCAAUACCUCUACAUGAACCGGCCAAAACAUCGACUCAUCUGGGCCGAGUUCUUUUUCAGUAACCGUGGAAAAAAGGUCCAGAAAACAUUGGAAGGCUUAUAUCACCGUAUUUUGUAUCAACUAUUGAAGCAAGCAGACUACUUGACACGAUUUGUACAACCCAUCUUCGAGAAUAGCGCCGAAGCGCAGGGCGUUUGGUCUCUUAUCUACCUUGAGGCGGCAAUGCUAGCGAUCGUGAAACAAAGGGAGGAGAAGAUCAAUAUAUGUUUGUUCAUUGAUGCUCUCGAUGAGCAGGCUGAAAAUUAUGCUCAGGAUUAUCGGCGAUUGAUAGGGACUAUGCAAAACUUGAUUAACAAUUCCGACGAUAAAACAGUUCGAGUCAUGUUUUGUGUCUCUAGUCGACCUGAGACAUUUUUCAUAGACGCUUUUGCCAGUUGGCCAGGGAUUCGCAUUCAUGAAAAUACUAAUAACGACGUACGGCUUUAUCUUAAUGGACGACUCAAUUCUUACCUGUCUUCAAGACCUGAUCUGGCUUCAAACUCUUUGGCAGUUGCUUCUCUUCAGAAGACGUUUGAUGAAGUGUUUACACGAGCACAGGGCGUGUUUCUGUGGGUGAAAUUGGUCGCCACCGAUCUCAUCGAGGGCCUCAUGGACGGCGACAAUCCUGCACAAAUUCAGCAGCACCUCUCAUCUAUUCCCGGCAAUGGUGAUCUUCACGAGUUGUAUCACCGGAUUCUUCUAAGCUUGAAGGACAGCUACCUCAGUGAUGCCUUGGUAAUGCUUCAAAUAGCAUACGCAUCACUAGAGCCAUUACCCAUUACAGAAUUUUUCGCUGCAGUAAACUACGUAAACCAGAGCAAAAACUCGGAACUCUCAAGUCAGUCAUUCGAUGAAAUGGAGCGCAGGUUAUUAAGUCGUUGUCGGGGGUUUUUGGAGGUGCAGACAGCAUCCUGGCAGGACCAGGAAUGCGAAAAGCAUACUGGCAAAAUCGUGCAAUUUUUGCACCAGUCUCUAAAAGACUAUUUAGCACAGCAGCGAAGCUUUGAGACUAUGCAGCAAAAACUACGAAUCAACUAUCCAGCUAAUGGCCACGCCCACCUGCUGAGAUUUCUGACGAGUCAACACCUUCGCAGGUAUGCAAGGAAGCCCGAGGAUUUGUACCAACUCCCACAAUUUGACCUCCGAAAAUAUGGAGUGCUCUACCACUCCAGAAUGGUGGAGCAGACAUUGGGGAUACUAUUUUCGGGGCCGCUUGAUGCGCUCGCAAAAUUCAUGAAUGAUAAUGAGCUUGCAACUGCUUAUCUACGUAUUGAUGGCUGGGAAUGUCCAGAAGGGUGGAAUCCCAACUUCCUUGCUCUUGCAACGCAAGCAGGAUUACUCCUGUAUGUUGAAAAAGAAUUGAAAAGGCUCGGGGGUCCGAGUAAACUUAAGGGCCGACCAUUACUGCACUGGGCAGUCAUGCCCUUACCACCUGGAUUAUGUACAUCGCCAACCGACCCUUUCGUCCACUCCCCAGAGAUGAUCAGAUUACUGCGAAGUCAAGGCGCCAAUCUCGAAGAAGAAUUUGAAUACGAGACAUACGGGUCCCGAACGGCAUUUGGGUGGGCAUUCAAGCAAUUCACAAUUCGAGGCGCCAUCUCUGCAGUUAACCUCACAAUUCUAACAACCCUGUUAUCCGAAGGCGCAGAUCCAGACGUCUUGUCCGAUCAAACACUGACAGCCCUCCAACUCUGCAUCCGCAAUUCCGACCGUCUUCUCGCCAAACUCCUUCUCGAUUUCCACGCCAGUAUUGAAAUCCUUACGGACUCAGAUUGGAGACACCUCGAGCGCUUCAACAAGCCUAUGUCAUUUAUAAAAGCGUUCCGAGAUGGCGAGCUGCGAGCCAGAGAUAUGCCAGUCUUCGCCGAAUUCUACGCGCAGGACGACGAUCAGCAAUCGCCUAAAACUUUGAUCAAGCAGUAUCCGUCUGCCAAGUUGUCGAUUAGGAAUAAGGAGGUGUAUGUUGGGGAUUGGGACUUUGUACUUCAGCAUGAGAAGAGCAUAAAGCGAUUUUUCAGAUUCUAUGGUGAGGGAGAGUGGAUAAGAAAUGAUAUGCCGAAACCGCUUUCUGAGUGUGGGAUUGAGACGAGGAGAGCGAUACUUCUGAAUUGGGCAGUGCCGCCAGAUACGGUUGAUUUUUGGUAUUAG